GUAAAUCAGAGUAAAAGUAGAAAUUGGAGAUUUUUAGUGUAAUAAGAUUAGAUUCAAGGGUCUUACUCCGUUUGCUGCGGCUGUUGUUUUUCUUGCUUGAAUGAGCUUAAUAUUUUUGGGAACUUAUGGUUCAAACUGUUGGUUGUUGAGUUAUUUAAGGACUUAAGGUGUCGGACAAAGACCCAUUUGGAAAUUACUUGAAUUUAUGGAUCCAGGGGUUCUGAAUCUGCUCAUCUUCUUGUAUUUCCAUCAUUUGAAUUCGUUUCUCUUGGUGGAUGAUUUUGGUCUCAUCCUCAGAUGAUGAAUUAGGGUUUCGAGGCUGAGUUCUUCUUUUGUUCUGUUUCAAAAAUUUCCCAUAUUUCUUGGAAAGAAAUUAGAUUUGGUGGUGGGUUUCUUCCGGCCAUGGAUUACAGUGGAGAUGUUGGGCAGAUGAUCCCUGAAACCCUUGGCAGCGGUGGUGGUGCAGACAAUUGGGUUCCAGGGUUAGGUGACCAAGCAAUUUGGUCUACUGAGGAUGAUUAUGGAGCUUGGAAUGGAGACGCCUUUCCUGACACUCCAUCAAACUCGAAUUAUGAUGGAAGGCAAUCUCAAACACGAUCUGGGAGCGAACCUCCCAACAAGAAAACCAGAGGAGAUUCCCAAGGAAGCGGGUUAAAUAGAGACCGUGAUCGAUCCAAAGCGAUUGGGAAGAUGUUCUUCAAGACUAAACUUUGCUGCAAGUUUCGUGCAGGGAGUUGUCCCUAUAUUACAAACUGCAACUUUGCUCAUGGGAUUGAAGAGCUCCGUAAGCCUCCACCCAACUGGCAGGAAAUUGUGGCCGCCCAAGAGGAGGAGCGAGAGCCCAGGGAAGAAAACCAAAUUCCAAUUAUUAAUUCUGGUUUGGGUGGAGAGACCCAGAGGUCUUAUAAAGGGAGGCAUUGCAAGAAGUUUUACACUGAAGAGGGGUGCCCAUAUGGAGAUAACUGCACUUUUCUCCAUGAUGAGCAGUCGAGAGCUCGGGAGAGUGUAGCCAUUAGUUUGGGUCCAACUGUUGGUAGUGGAUAUGGUACCAAUGGGAAUGGGACAAACCAGAAGCCUUCGAAUUGGAAGACAAGGAUCUGUAACAAAUGGGAGACGACUGGGUAUUGCCCAUUUGGAAGCAAGUGCCACUUUGCUCAUGGCUUUGGCGAGUUGCACAGGUAUGGUGGAGGACUUGUGGAGAUCGAUGGUAGAGACUCUACAGCCUCUCCUGACUCGAAGCAAGUUGCAGUGUCUUCAAAGACCCAGACAGAUACAGUAGUUGCAUCUGCUACAUCAGUUCCUCAUACAGAUGUUUAUCACAUGGGAGUUCCAUCACAGAGAUCUUCAGCUUUAAUCCAGAGGCAGGGGCAGAGGCCUCUUGAGAAAUGGAAGGGCCCUGACAAGAUCAGUAGGAUAUAUGGUGAUUGGAUUGAUGACAAUGAGUGGGAACCGGCUCGAUAAUUGGAAUUGGAGUGCUUCUCAUGGAAUCAUUUAAGGUAAGAAAAAUGCUUGACGAAUUGCAAACUGCACAGAAAAGAUUUUGGACAAACUGAUGUGGACUGAAAAGUUUAAAAUCAGGAGGAAAUAGUUUGAAUCAUCCAACCCAACCCAUGGGGAUUUAAUGGGUUACACAGCUCUAGUUCUGGUUCAAGGACAGCACUUUUGGUGUCUUGGUGUCUAUGCAUUAUCAUCUGAGUUCUGCCUUGCCUCCAAUUGUUUAGUUGCUUUAGGGCUUCAAAUUUCAGGUUCAGAAAGUUUGGAGCUGUAAUCACUUCUGUAAACUGUUUACUUUGUUAACAAAUGAAUACCAUAUGGUCCAUCAUUUCAA